CCUCUGGAUCGCAUCGUCGUUUGUCGCGAACAUCACCAGUCGGCCUCUUCGCCAAUCAUCCUACCAAUUUCGCCAGCUCGACGCGCCGCAGGUCGUCUUGAUUACGCAUGGGGAUACAUAUGUCUCGCAUGUCCCGACCGACGCGUCUAAGAUAGCAUUCUCAUGCGAUUCCCCGCCCGAAAGUAACCACAAGAUGCCGCCUCCAUCGCAUCCCCAGGCCAAGUUCGAUCCGAUCCCCCCGGACUUGGACCUUUUCACGCUUGUCGAUCAUACCCCGAAUUUCGAAUGGGUCCUCCGAAUUUCGACUGCUCAGAUUCAAGGAUUGGGCCCCCAGGAGUUUGAGAAGUUGGUCCAACUACAAGUCAUUCAGGGCGGGAAGCCCUUGGUGAUUGAGAAAUGGAACGAGGUUCUUCCUAAGUGGCUCUUCAGUGGAGAGUGGAUGGAGAAGACAUAUGACAAGAAGCAGGAAAAUGUCCGCGACAUUACCGGCCAGACCGAGAUUCCGAUGACCACAGGCCACUAUAUGAGAGCCAUGAAGCAACUCACCAACCAAUGGACCCCGACCAAUUAUCGAGACGAGAGACGGCAACGCCUUUAUCUGAAGGACAUCGACUGUCCUCCCGAAUGGCAAGAACACCUGCAGAAAGUCAUUCCUCCCAACCUGUUUUACAUGAACGAAAACGUCACGCAAAAGGGAGGAGCAGACACUCGAGAAAGUGAUCCUUUCCGCGGCUUUGGCGACAGAUCAAAGGUGGCACCUGCGGGAGAUCUCAUGUCAAGCCUGCCCGAGGAGAUGCGAGCACAGAAUCUCAUGUGCUAUAUCGGACACGAAGGAACAUUCACCCCGGCGCAUCGUGAAAUGUGCGCCAGUCUCGGACAAAACAUCAUGGUUGAGGCUUCGGGGAGUGAGAACGGAGAGAAACCUGGAAGCUCCAUCUGGUUCAUGACGGAGACCAAGGAUCGAGAAGUCGUCCGCGAGUACUUCCUGUCUAUGCUCGGCCACGAUAUCGAAAUUGAGAAGCAUUUCGCUCAGAUCAACGCCUGGAAAAAGGCAACCUUUCCGGUCUACAUUGUCGAGCAGAAACCCGGCGAUUUCAUCCUCAUUCCCCCUCUGGCCCCUCACCAGGUCUGGAAUAGGGGCACGCGCACCAUGAAGGUCGCGUGGAACCGCACGACUGUCGAGACCCUGGACAUGGCACUCCACGAGGCCCUUCCCAAAGCUCGUCUUGUCUGUCGUGAUGAGCAGUACAAAAACAAGGCCAUCAUCUACUAUACGCUUAAGAAAUACUUCGCGCAGAUGGUAAAGGCCGAGCAGGACAGCGAGAUGGGCAUUGCCGGUCUAAGCUCGGAGCUUUUCCGGUCAUCCUCACGGUAUAAGCAGCUCGCCAAGGAUUUCCGCCAUCUUUUCUCACUCUACACCGAGAUCCUUGUUGACGAGAUGUUUGCGACUAAGGAGAAGAACGUUGAAUAUGUCGAGUACGAUUCUUGCGUCACCUGCUCGUACUGCAGAUCAAACAUUUUCAACAGAUUCUUGACCUGCAAGCACUGUGUGCGGACUCUGGUCAACGGGGAUGAGGAUGCAUACGACGUCUGUAUGGAAUGCUACGCCAUGGGACGAUCCUGUGUCUGCAUAUCCAAACUUCAAUGGUGCGAGCAAUGGUCGUGGGAACAACUGACGGAGGACUACGAACUCUGGCGGGCGAUGAUCAUCAAGAAUGACGGCUUCGUUGAUAUAGAGCUAUCACCUCAGCCCCUUGAGAUCGCUCGCACACGGCGAGGUAAGAAGGCACUGGCCGAAAUUUGCCAGGAGGGCUUGCACAGGCGACCUUUCAAAGAUAUUUCGAGGCUUGACGAGGACAAGCCACUCACCGAGUCCGAGCCCGAGCCAGAAUUGGAUGACAACGGCAAGCCCAAGAAGAAAAAGUACAAACGUAAGAAGAAGAAGGGAGAACUUCGCCGCUGCCACGUUUGCUGUCACAAAGACUACGCCUAUAAGGUGCAAGAAUGCUCAAACCCGGAGUGCAAAGAAAGCUACUGCUACGGUGUGCUCUACCGCGCGUUUGAUCAGAUGCCACAGACGGUGCAGGAGAACGAGAAUUGGCUUUGCCCAAAGUGCCUGGGCAUAUGCAACUGCGGCGCAUGUCGCCGUGCCGAGAGCGGCAACCCCUAUACGCCAAAGAAUACCCUUCUUGGUCAUGAUACCCGGGCUAUUGCUGAUGAUAGAAGUGUCGAGGCUCUCGUCGACUUUCGCGUACACAAUCUCAACUGGCUCAAGACAGCUGGCGAAGAGGGCCGCAGUGCAAACAGCAAACGUAUGAAGGAGCUACGGGAGAAGGCUGAUACCGCAAAGGCUCAGGAGAGUGCCUCUCUUACUGCCGAAGACAUCGCUAAUGGCGCUAACGGUGCUACCGUGUCAGCGGAGGGUGGAAUGAACGGAUACGGAGAUCAGAGCCAUGUCCUGGGUGAACAGGAUGGACAUGAUGCUGAUGAUCGCGAUCCCAACGCAACUCAAGACAUGUCGCAGAUGGACAUUGAUCAGUCUGCUCCAGUGGCGAACAUGAAUGGAGACCCCGAAUGGGACCAGUCAGCAUACCCGGAUCCCUUGGGCAUGGACGGCCAACCCAUGUUCGGCAUAGGUUACUACCAACAAAGUGGUCCAGAUAAGAUUCUAUUCGACCCGUUCCAAAUGCCUUCAACUGACGCCAUGGUGUUUGACGAUGAGGCUGAGUACGUCAAGAAUAUGUUGCGGACACAGAAGCGGAAGGCAAAACAGGAGAAUGAUUUGGAUCCAGACUUCCAUGGGCCCAGGCCCCAAAACAGAAAGAAGGCAAAGAAAGACGACGCUGCUGAGGGUGAUAUUGCCGAGCCAGCCGGUGUGAGCGGUGAUCCUGAGGAUGAAGCCUCGGCCCAGCUUGAAAGAGAGGCAGUCCAGGCAGGCGGUCCUGCACGACGUGGGAUGCCAGCUCCUCUAUUCCCGGCAAACGUUCCUUCAUUGCGACAUGCAAGGCCUAGAGCGUCUUAUGCUGAGCCAGAAGAACCAAUGAUCGACGACCCCGAUGACAUGGUGCCGGCUUUCAAGCAAAGGCUGCCGGUCCAAAACGAUGAGCCGGAGGCGGGUGAUGCCAGUAAUGACCCUAGAGACUUGGCUUCUGACGCUGUGCGCGCUCUCAUCCAGAAGGGAACUGAUGCUGCAGCCGCCACCGCCGCCGCUGGUGGAGCUGAAACGCCCACAGUACCAAGGAGGCGAGGCAGGCCGCCGCGGAGCGCGAACUCGACGCCGGGUUCGGCGCCGAGGGCCCCUCUAGCCGAUGCUGUUCCAAAGCCAUCUGAACUUGCAGCAAGAAAUGCAGCGAAGAAACGUGAAGAGCGAGCAUCGCGACGUUCGGGCCUUAGCCGCGUUGUGACUAUAGAUGGAGCCAGCUCGUUCAACCCGAGAGCUAGGGGCAAUACAGCUAGCGACGACGAUGACGACGAUGCAGAUGAUGAAGACGCGGCUCACGAUGUAACUGAAGCUGAACUCGAGGCUCAACUCGAGCGAGAGUUGGCUGGAGAAGGUCCAUCCCAGAGUGCACCCAUCACCUCCAUCGAGACCGAGACAGCGGAGGCAACCGCGGCACCGCCUAAGAAGCGCCGUGGUCGCCCGCCCAAGAACAAGACUGCCGCGGUAGAGAAGGCACCUGUCGAUCGAUCACCGCCCCCGCCUCCUCCGGGUGCCACAAAGAUGAUGUCAAUGGCGGCUCGUGUUGCAGCUCGCGGAGGAAGGUUCAAGAUUACUUCGCGCAAGUCGCGAGAUGCGAGCGCUAAGCAAACUCCCACUCCAACCCAAGUAUCAUCGGCGAGACCUUCAGUCAGUCGCAGCGAGCAGCCAGCCAAGAUUGUUCCUUCCACUGAAGAGGCGACGGAGCCGGCAAAGGAGACCACCAGAGAACCUUCGAGAGAACCAAGCGUAGAUCUCACUCCUCCACCUCCUGGUGCGUCUGCCAGAGUGAGAGAGCCAAGCUCGGAUCAUACGCCUCCACCCCCGGGCGCCUCUAGGGACAGGCAAUCCAGCUCUGAUCACACACCUCCGCCGCCAGGUGUCGUCGGUCGACGCUGGCGCAAGUCGGAUGAGGACGAGUCGGACUUUGACGCUCCCGUCGCGUCGCCGUCCUCUGCAUCUUCCUCUGAUUCCGGCAUUCCCGGAGAUCGUUCUCCUCCGCCACCUCCGUCCGCGCGCCGAGGUAGGCCUUCGAGUGGUCUCACUGUCGUGAGAAUCGGCUCAGAGUCAGAAUCGGAGAGCGAGAUCUCGUCGUCAUCCGAAUCGGAUAGCGGUAUCGGUGGUCCGGAGCCUAGCAGGAUGCGAGGCGGGUCUACUCGGGGUGGCGCUACUCGUGGUAGAGGGAGAGGACGUGGACGUGGAAGGGGUCGUGGUCAUUAA